AAAGGAAAUUAAACUACCUUGAGAAACUUAAAAUUUUCAAACUUGUGCAUAGGUAGCCGUUUGAAACUUACCUAUAAAUAUAUUAGUACACCUCAAACCAAGUUCUUAUGGUUGGUUUUGUUUGCAAUUGCAGGAUGGUAUAUUUGAGAUCGAGGAAGAAAGUGAAGGGAGAGGGGCCAAACUGGCUUGAGCUUCCAAGAGACAUCAUAGCAAGGAUAUUCCAAAGGCUCGAUGCUGUUGAAGUUGUGAUGAGUGCAUCUCAUGUGUGCUCUUUGUGGAGGAACAUCUGCAAAGAUCCUCUCAUGUGGCGUACCAUUGACAUGACUAAUCUCUGCACUCGCAAUAUUAGACGCUACGAUUUGGAUAAGGUUUGUCGUUGUGUUGUUCAACGAAGUAGCGGUCAUCUAGAAGACAUUCGAAUUGAGUGUUUUGCCACCGAUAAUCUCCUCAAAUACAUUGGCGAAAGCACAAGCCAUGUACGUAGCAUACAACUUGCAAACUGCUGGAGUAUUUCAAAUAAAGGAUUGCUUGCCAUUCUUGAUGGUUUCCCUCUUCUGGAAUAUCUUGACCUCCGUGGUUGUUUCGGUGUUCGUCUGAGAGGAAGUUUGGCUAAAAGGUGCCUUAAGCAGAUAAAAUAUUUGCAGCACCAAGAUAGCUCCAUUUCUGAGUCAAACAUUUUACCGUCACACUUGAGGCCCAAGAGGAACAGAAGGAGACCCCUAUACCUGAAUGAUUAUGUAUGCUAAUGAUUAUCAAUGUAUCUUUGAUAAAAAUUGUUACAGCUAUGAAUUCCCUAAACUUUAGGAAUUAAAAACAUGAAGUUAAAAAUCAUUUUAAGAUUGACAUGAAAGUUGAAUAUUAUUCUAGGUUUCUGUCCUAGUUUAUCUUCAAUUGAGCACCGCUAGUGUUCAUCUGGUAGAAUUAGAAAACUCUACCACUCCAUCUGUCUUUGAAGGUGAAACGUAUAAAGAGUGUGUCCUGCGCAUUUUCAGAAUUUUU